AUGGCGAAGUUACGAAGAGACACAAUUUGGCGAUGGAGAAUACAGUGGAGUUUGGUAUCUUUAGCAGCGCUGGCUCUUAUAAUCUACAACGCCGCGGCAAACUUGUGGCUCCUCAGACCCACGUGUUCCAUACAAAGUACCCCUCAACCCGCCGUCGUUGAAGCCACGUGCGAGCCCUGUCUUGACACAGUCCCAAAUAUCAUCAUUGACGAUGACCCAAUAUCCAGAGUGGACUUGAAUCUGGGUAGAUGGGACGGCUCUCGUUCAUAUAAGCUAUUUGAUUACGUGGCUGUUGGAGACCUAUACGUAGACGUAUCAGCGAAUCGACAAGUCUGCUUAGCUACGCAGAGUUCUAUAGAACGGCUGCACGAGCUGCUUCAAAUAGCAGUACACUGGUCCGGUCCUAUCUCGGUGGCGGUGUUCGUGGCUGGAGAUGAGUUGCGGCUGCUGAGAGCAUUCGCGAUGUGGCUAUAUAGAUGCCAGCCGGAAUUGUAUUCGAGAAUGGCUAUACACCUUACAAUGCCGAUGGUGAGACCCGGAAUUCCAGGAAAUUUACCUGUCUGGGCGAAGAAUUGCAAUGCCGAUCCCCUACCGGUAGGAGAACGGCGCGCCGAUACCGUCGCGUGGAGGUCAAGACAUCCGUACCCUCAAAACCAUCUCAGAAACCUGGCUAGAAAGAACUGUCACACGCCGUUUACAUUUCUCGUGGAUAUAGAUAUAGUUCCUUCAAAGGGCAUGGCUGAAGAGCUGGAUAAGUUUCUGGUGAAGGCACCCAAGUGUCAAUUGUGCGCGUAUGUGGUACCGACCUAUGAACUUGACAAGCGGGUCUCCAUCUUUCCGCCGAGUAAGAAGGAAUUACUGCGGUUGUCCAAGAGCAAACUUGCAAUACCGUUUCAUAGGAAGGUGUUCAUCUAUAACCAGUACGCUUCAAAUUUUACAAGGUGGGAAGCCUCCGGCGGCAAUGAAAGCCUGGAAACACAUAUCAGCCACAACGUGACCAACUUCGAGCUUCUGUACGAGCCCUUCUACGUAGCUCCCGAUACCGUCCCACCUCAUGACGAGAGGUUCUUGGGGUACGGCUUCACCAGGAACACGCAGAACUCCCACAAGGAACGUAUUAAAAGCGGUCCGUUUGGAAUGCUGUGUCAGUCAGUAGCGAAUGUUGCGACCGCGCUAGGACCAAAUGGCCCGGGACGGUUUGGCGGUUCGCCAACGCAAACUAACUCGCUUUUAGGGGUGACACUUAUUGUUAUAUUACACUGUAUUGUUAUUUUCUAG